AAUAGCGUAAAUGGCGACGGAAUGGGAAAGGAACGACGCGGAAAAGGGGGAAAGAGAAAAUCAACACAGCAACAUGGCGGCGACCCACCGAGUUGUCGCCGUCUGCGACGGCAGCUGCAGCGGCGGAGACGGCAGAAGCGCGGCUUGGUGCCCACAACAAUAUUGAAGAAAAGCUUCACAAGCGUUCAUCGCGUUCGCAAGGUUUGAACCUGGUGGGGUUCGGAAGCUUCCGCGAAACUCCUCCUCCGCCGCCGAUGGCUUAUCGGAUCAGCGCCGUCGCAUCGCUGGCGAUCCUAGCCCUCUGUCUGCGCCAAGCGUCGGCCAUCAACUGCUACACGUGCAGCAGCGUGAACGGCACCAACCCGAACUGCCACGACCCGUUCCACCCGGCGCAUGCGCGAUACGUGAUCGACUGCACCGUGCCCAAGGACGGUCACGUGGGACGAUUCCCGGCCCACUUCUGCGUCAAGGUGGUCGGCACAACCAUGGACACCAACAUCGAGAUGGUGAUCAGGAUCUGCUCCCUGGAGACCAUGGACAAUUCUUGCGGCGUCUUCCGGUACGGGGACGACAUCCUGCGCGGUUGCAUCUUGACGUGCAACAACGACGGCUGCAAUGCGGCCCCGCCCCCUCUGCGAGGCCACGCCUCCGCGGUGCCGCUGCUGCUCCUCUUCCUAUUGGCCGCCCUGGCCUCUUCCAGCAAAGUGCCGCUGACGUAUCCCCCGUGAUGGCCGCGGACUCAGUGAGAGAUGCGCACCACUUCCCGCGUAGCCAGCGCUGUGCUCCGGGUGACGCGUCGUGUCUUACAUCUGUUGUGUGCCACCUUGUGUCUCACCUAGCAUUGUGCAGAAUGGCGCGAUAUGGGAGAGAAUGGCCGAUUAGCGAUUUAGAGCAAGUUCCUAAAGCCUGAACCUUGGGUGACAUGUGGAGCUAGUGGAAAGUUUGAGUUCCCGCAGCCAAAAAAAUUUUGGGUACGCAAACGCAGCUUUCAGCUCCCGAAGCACCACGCCCUGCUUGCCAUCUUUUCUACACAGUACAAAACCGUGUAUACCUUUUUCUUUCUUUUGUAUGCUUUUCGCCAGUGGUGUAGCCAGAAAUUUAUUUCUGGGGGCACCCACUUUAUCGGGAACAAGAAAGGGGAGGGAGGGAGAAAGGCGCUGGACAGGCACCAUAAUAAUACAUAAAUUAAUCACCGGCUCAGAAGGCAGUGAAGGCACUUUUGUGCUUUCUAAGAAGGUCUGGUUUGUACGAGCGACUUUGACUCAAGUAGUGUCUGUGCAUACCCUCUCUAUUCCCCUUCCCCCUUGCGUAGGGUAGCCAACCAGACUCACAACUGGUUAACAUCCCUGCCUUCCUUAUAUCCCUCUCUCUCUCAGGAAGUGGGGGGUCGGGGCUCGUGCUCGGGGUGCCACCAUGGCUAUACCACUGCCUUUUCAUAUUCUUUUGUAAACCCGGCGGUCUGCAUUCCCAAAUUAUGGGCGCGUACAAUCUCCGUGAUCUGUGAGCGCUUUUUCACCAUGCAUCGCAACUGCAGCGGGCAUGAUGGCAAGUGCGAUUAAGUGUCGGCUCAGUUUGGUUGUGUGCUCAUUUCUUAGCGCAAACUUUCCGUAAGUUUAACGAAUUUGGGCUCACUUUUACGACUUUCUAGAGGUGUUGCAGGUAUGCAGUAUGUUAGCUCACGAAGGCCAAUCUGAAAUUCGUACCUCCCAUCAUUCCUGUGAUAGGUGAAUGAAUACAACGCCAGUUCUUCCUCUAGUAAAUGUGGAUUAAACGCUGCAGUCUUGAAGGCAAUGUAUUUCUUGUCGAGUUGCCGUCACUUUAACGCGACAGUGUUAAGGGCCCUGUGUCGCAGAAAAUCGGGUGUCGGCAUCGGCGAAGUUGUCCGUGAGCGAAAAUUUCUGUAUAUAUUUAGGUAUAUUUAUGUGCCACACCUUCCUAUAUGACGUGCGGUAUAUGCGGGGUUAUGCUGCCACACCAUUCUAUCAGUAAAGUUGCUCAUACUUUGUCUUAUAUUCUUGACAAAGUUAUUCCUCGGAAUUUUGAGAAUGACAGCCCAAAAGGAAAUGUCAUGAAACAAAACACCAACAGUGCAUGCCUUCUAUGUUAAAUUCUCUCAGAGUUAAAUGUUAAAAGUGCGAAACAAUAGCAGAAACCUGAAAAUGAUGCAAUUUUUCUUGGCGCAGCUGUGCACUACCUCCGGGAUCGGCCCAUAAAAGAGGCGGAAUUUCUACCAGAAAGUUUGCGUUCGUGCAUAGCGUUCGCUGCCAACAUUUCCCGGUAAACAUUACGAUUACACAAGCUGCAGUUACCUGGAAGCAUGAGAAGCCAUCAAGGAUCUUUGAAUGUUAUCGCAUUCCAGUCUUAAAGGGGCCCUGAACCACCCCUCAGGCUUGGUGAAAUAACAUACUCCGUGGGUAGCAUAUGCUGCUGUGAACAUCUGAGCCAAGUUUUGCUGUCGUACGCGGUGCAUGGAAAUGCAAGCGGAGUGCGAAGUCAUCUUUCUCUCACACGCUCUCUCUUCACCAGAAGCCUGUUCCUCAUUCUCUUCUGGACGCUUUUCGUGAUAAAGUGGAUUCCCAUAUGCGGCUGCUAUUGGUAGCUGCCAUCUGCUACGUAGCGUAGAUACCGCAGCCUCCGCUAGGUGCUGCCACGAAUCCACUGGCUAAGCACACUACAGCUCGUUGAGGAGAACGGCGUUUGGCUUAGGUUUAGCACGUCGUAGGCACCAAAUCUGGAGUUGUGGCAUCUACGUUAACACCCAAAAUGAAAUAUGAACAGCGCCCCAUGGUGGCAUUUAGAAGGGUACGCCCCACUGCGCCGUAGCCUUUGCAGUGCAAGGCAUUGAAGAAGGAACGGGAGUACAGCAGAGGCCGUGUUUGAUUGCCAAGAAUUCCGCUUCUGCUGAACACAUUGAAGUACUUUUUGUGACAAAGUAUUUAUGAAAUAACAUAUUUUCACUUCAAAUGUCCUUCUUCACUUCGAUGAAAAGUGGUUCAGGGUCCCUUUAAAGGCAAAGCUUAAGCGUCCUCCAAGUUUCAUUCCGUAUUGGCUACGUAGUGUGUUUUUAGUCUGUAGCUCCUUUCGUGGAUCACAUUACUACCACGUUCACCUGCCCUCAACUCCACUACCUGCUAGCGCGUGCCUGAUCACAUUACUAAUGAAGAGGGAGUGAGAAGUCUGAUGUUCUUUCCCCUCACGUGACGCGAUAGAGUGCCGUGCACAGUGAUUCCGCCUUCAGCACGUGGAGGAGCGCAACGUCGCGCUUGUGGGGGGGACAUUUCAGUGCAUCGGGGGGAGUGGCAUGAUAUACAAGACCCGCGCGUUGCCAUGCAGAAGGGAUUGCUGACCAAGGUAGACUGAAUUAUACGGUUCGUACAACCCAUUGUCAAACCCAACUCACCCAGGGAGACAUGUCUUUCGUGGACUUCAGCAAGAGGUUGAAUCAGCUUCCAUAUCUGUCUUCUUUUUUUCCAACGUUACCGUGGCCACAAGGAAAGCCGACGUCUGUAGUGUCAUUAGAGAGUUUUAGAUUAGGGGGCCCCGAACGCUUGCGUGCCCCUAAUCUAAAACUGUCUAUUACUACUACAAAGCUUCUGGUGGAAACGUGCAGUUUGUGCUUGCGGCUACCUAGGUGACACUUGCAUAUGUUGAUUAAGCAGUGCUGCAGAACCACCGCCAGAGCCAGGGUGGAGGCAUCGCAACCACCUUGCUCAACAUGAAUGCAUAGAUUGCGUGUUGAGCUACACCAUAACCUCCUCUUGUUUUUACAAUGCCUGCCCAGUCGCCCCAAAAUGCAUGGGAAUGACCUGUGUUUUAUACGAACUUAUUGUACGAAACUCUGUGGACCCCACCGAUGGCCCGCUGCGGCGGUCCCACGUCCACACAAAUAGAACCCUGUUGUUGUUAGAGCAUGGACAACUUUUGCUGUGUGCUGUCGCCACUCCUCUGCUUCCGCAUCACAUGCGUUAAAUACAGUCGAUGUGAUUCUAAAUGCGCCCUCGUAAGAUGUAACUUCUGAAAGUGUGGGCGCCCUCUAUGUGACCGCUUGUUGUGGCAUCACUAUAACUAGUCAUUAAAAGAUAUACAGGAGGCUAUGGCUACAGUCACACAGUCAUUAUAGGCAAAGUCCAAUAAACGUUUGCAAUGUACUCCCAUGCCAAGUGAUACCGAAGAUUAUUCCCUGUUGUGAAGACAUCUACUUAUCUAGGAAAAUACCUUGUUGUUUAAGAAUGCUUUUUUUUUUUACCAUGAAUGCUUGCCCUGUCAAAUUUUAGACAGCAUAUAAUGAGCAAACACAGUGUCUACUUUCAAUGACUUGGUGAUGCGUUUGAUUCCUACAAGUGCCAUGUAGUGCUUAGAGUUCACUAACAAGUUGCAUAAUUAAACUGUUAAAAGUGAUAAUUCUCAUGGUUAGGCACUCGCAGCAGCAUUUUAUGCCCUCAACUGCACUUCAUUUUCCACAACAGUAGGCACAAUGUGUGUACCAUGACCAUGUUAGUCAGUAGGUGAAGCUGUUAACGUGUUGGACAUAUAACUCGCACCUCGUUAUAACGAAGUUGAAUUCGACAUAAGAAUAUCUUUGUCACAUCAAACACUCGUUAUAAACAUAGUCACUUUAUACGGUAAUUCGUUAUAUCCAUGAUCGUCAUAUCUAGGUUGGACUUAUAAGGAGAAAGAAGGAAAAAAAACGGCAGCUCCAGUGGCUAGCUGUGCCUUUUAUCUUAAUGCUAGAUUGCAGUCCUGCAACAUGGGAUACUCACUACAGCUACUAGCAAGAAUGUGAACACGUAGCAACACUAUAACCACCCUGAUGCGUUGAAGAUUGUCUUUUGUUUAAGUAGGUAUGACGGGAGGGGGGUGGGGGGGGGUGAGCUUGGAAGCUUUGGCGCAAGCACCCCUAUCUAAAUACGUGGGAAAGGAGAAACUGCUUUUCUCGGCAGCCAGUGCACCAAAUUUGAUGAGGUUUGUUGCAUUUAGAAGAAUAAGUUAAAAUAUAACGACUGUUGGAAGCAGAAAACAAGACUACUAAGUUUACAACUCUAACUCACCAAUGAAGCAUAUCACAAUUCUUUAACUUGAAGCUAAUAGUAUGUAUAAAGGGGACAAGUUUGAUAUAUUAUACAUGGCUCUUAAGUACACCACUAACGCAUGAGUAGCCUUUGUGCAAAACCCUUGUAAACAUUGCAACAAAUUCACGUAAGCUAUAAAUUUAAUAUAUCAAAUUUGUCCACUUUGGAUGUUCUAUCAGAUGCAGUUUACAGAAGCAUAAUAUCUGUUCUUGGUGAACAGUUACAGAUUUGUAAACAUUGUGCAUCUAUUUUUUUCACUUACCCAUGUGUGGCACUUUUUUGUAAUAAGAAUUCAGGCAUUGAAUCAAAAUUCCACUUUCAACAGUCCAACUUUCUCUCACAAAUGCAACAAGCUUUAUUAAAAUUGACUGAGCGGUUACCUCAGAAAAGUGUUUCUGCAUUUUACAUGCAUCUGAAUAGGCGGGGUCAGAAUUCGACCCGAGCUAAAGCUUCCUCUUAAGUAAAACUACGACACUUUCUCGAGGUUAAGGAUCUCAACAAAAUCUGUAUCAUAAGUUCUCCUUGGCAGUUUAAUACUAAUGUGCAUCAAACAGCGUGACUGACAGUCAUGUAGCUUUUUAGCACUUUAAUUUCGAAAACUGGUGUCUGUCCUUCUGACAAACAUUUUGUCAAACAGAUUAUUUAAAAUGGUCGGGCUAUGCUUGCUGUUUGUCACAUCAGCACAGGAAAAGCAGCAUUAGUGCCAAUGUAUUUCGCAGAUGUCGUUAAACAAAGUGGUCAGAACUCCUAUUGCCAUUGAAAAGUUCAGGUAACACUUACACAGCUAUUACUGUAAGCAUUCAAAGCAAUCCUUCUGUUCUAUUGCAUCUGCAGAGAAGUCUUUUACAACACAUGAAUUUUUAGGGUUUGUCACAUCUGAACACUUUGUCCAAAGAUAUUGUUACUGACACUCUUGUUCUUGGCGCCUGUCAUCACCACUGUCAUGAGAAGCAGCUUUCUGGGCUGCAUGGUUCAUCUUCCAUAUUGAUGCCACUUAUUCUUUGCUGUGUAGAAUUGUUGCUGCAUUUUUAUAGAAAUUGAGUUUUAUUACAAGUGACAGAGCUUCCCUUUAACCCUUUUCAUGCCAUUUUUCUUUAAAUUUUAGAAAACUACUGAAAAUGUUCAAGUUAUUCAUUGUGAACAGUGUUCAUUUAUUGCAAUAUCGGCACUUCAUUUUUAAUUUUCUGUUAUCUGCUGCUGUCAGCUUUUCAUGCUUUUGAGCUGCAGAUAGGCAUUGCCACAAAGUCUAUGUGAGGCUAUAUAAAAAUGAUAAAAUUACUGCCAUUUGUCAUGGUGUUCAGUAGACGAAAUGAAAUUCCUCGACGACGGCACGGAAAAGGUUAGCAUCACUGAUGUGCAAUGUAGCAAACUAAAGAAUGCAUAGUGUGUCCAUGUGCAGCUGACCUUACAUAUCUGCAAGGGCAUGUGCUGCUAUACUUGGUGGUAUUGCAAACAAAUUUCAUGCACUUGCUUUUGGUUCCGCACGCACAUUUUACAGUCAGGAUAUGCGAGGACAAAAUGACAUGCAUAUGACGUUAGUUUCUUUUUCAGGAAAAGCCACGUUUAUUCCAAAAGGCAACAUGUGAGGAGGAAUGAGGGUUAUUACAGUGCCGUUUUACAGAGACUAGAGCUCUAAUUAACUUCACAUAUAAUACAUUCAAAAUUUUCACACAGUAGCACUGAAAGGGUGUGUCGUUGGUGACAACCAUAAUGCACAUUAUCUGGGACAUGCAAAGUACUCAUUAUACUUGAAAUCAGAAAAAAAGAAAGAGAAAAUUGUGUGAAUAUGAAAGACUCAGGCACACAGCACACCAACUGGCUUGCUCAAGCAGAACAAGAGCGCUGUACAUAUUGUCUUAACAAUUUAACGAUUGACAAUUUAAAAAAAAUUAAUAAUGAAAGACCCCACGCUUUCUCUUGCUUCAUUGUUCCCUUCAGCUGCAAUUUUCUGUGCAACUAACUUGUUUCUUAAAUCUUGUGAUAUUUCUACAAGGGUAAUGUAAUUGUCUAGGUUGAUUCAAUGCAAACCUUUGCUGUCGCUAUCAGUCCUCAAAGAGAUGGAAGUUCUGACUGCCCAAGAGCCUUAUAGUGUGAUGUUCCACUCGUAGUGUCAGACUGUUGUUCACUGUUAGCAUGGGACACGGCAAGGUGGACACAGGUUCAACUUGUGUGUGCGCCGCUGUACAGAACACUAUUUGUUAUACUGACAAGCAACACCGUGCCCUGUUCUAUUUUACUUUAAAUUCUAUGCAGCAGUGUUUAUGUAACCACUGUUAUAGGUAACAACUGUUUCUUAAUGCUGCAUUUUGCUAUGAAGCUGUUAGUGACUAAGCAUUUAUGAAUAUGUGAAUACCCAGUAAAGUUGUGUGCAAUUUUUGCACGUAUAGUUGUCAACUGUAGUGUACGCCAUGCGCCUAUUUUGGCCGUCUCUCUCUUUCUUCUCAGACCUUGUACUGACUCCUGCAAGUUAUGUGCCAAUCACACGAAUAAAAAUGGUUUAGGCCACUUG